AUGGAUAAACAGCGACGCUACCGUCGACACAAAGGCCUCGGCCAUGCCCGCCUCUCAAUCAUAGACCUCUCUCCAACGGGCCUUCAGCCCUUGCACAGCGAGGACGAACAAGUCCACGUCGUAGUCAACGGCGAGAUCUACGACCACGUUGCUAUACGCGGGCGCUGCACCGCAGAGUUCGACUACAACUUUUCCGGGAGGAGUGACAGCGAGGUCAUCCUAGCCCUGUAUCAACACCACGGGGCACCCAGUCUUUUCGAGCAUCUGCGCGGCGAGUUUGCUUUCGUCUUGUACGAUGAAAGGUCUGGGGACGUCAUCGCCGCGAGGGACCGCUUCGGCAUCAAGCCUCUUUUUUGGACAUACAGUAACGAGACGCCAGCUAAGCUCUUGAUCGCCUCGGAGAUCAAGGGGUUUCUGCCCAUGGGUUGGGAGCCUGAGUGGGAUGUCGAUGCCAUCUCCAGCGGCGCGGCUGUUUUAGGCGAAGGUACUCUGUUCAAGGGGGUGAAGAAGGUGUUGCCGGGGCAUUGGGUGCGGUUCGGUCGGGACGGGGGCGUGACGCAGCAUCGGUAUUGGGAUGCUGAGUAUGCUGACAAGACUGUCAAGGAGACACGCAGCAUGGAUGAUAUGAUCGACGGAGUUCGCGAGCGCUUGGUAGAUGCCGUCCGUCUCCGCCUACAAGCAGACGUCCCAGUCGGGAUUUAUCUAUCAGGCGGUCUCGAUUCUUCCAUUGUGGCGGGUAUAACCACCCAGUUGGUUCGAGAGAGGGGGGUGAGAUUGGGAAGCCAGGACAUCAAGGACAGAAUCACUUGUUUCAGCAUCUCCUUUACCUCUGACUCAGAGUACAAUGAAUAUGACAUUGCAGAACGCACCGCGGAAUGGCUCGAUCUAAACAUAGUAAAAAAGGUCAUGGACGAGGAAGAACUAGCAAAGCACUUCGCCGACUCCGUCUACCACACCGAGCACCACCACUUCGACAUGAACAGCGUCGGGAAGUACGCCCUGUCAGAGCUGCCCCGCCAGCAAGGGAUUCCCGUGGUUCUGACGGGCGAGGGCGCAGACGAGCACUUUGCCGGGUACCCUUUCCUAGUCUCUGAUUUCCUCCGUGAGCCCGACGAUGCCCUGCCGUCAACGGAACUGGUACAGGAUACCGAGCUGCGAAAAGCGCUCUGCAAAUCCGCCGCAGCGCAGUUGCGGAGCAUGUACAAAGGCAUGGGCAUGUUCGAUCACGCCCGAACCGAGGAGAGCACUGACUUUGACGCUCUCGCGGGCUUGGACGUGUUCUUCAUCCAGUGGCGCUCGUGUCCCUCGUCGGACGUGUUCGCCGCGUGGGUGAGGGACAGACAGAGCGUGUCCGGCGUCUACGCAGCCCUGCUCGGCUCUAUCCCCCCCGACGCCCAGGAGAAGAUUCAGAACCGCUGGCAUAGUCUCCACUCAGCUCUGUACGUCUUCGUCAAGUCCUCCAUGGCGAACAUGGUCUUGACCUGUCUGGGCGACAGGUCCGAGAUGGCGCAUAGUAUCGAGGCACGUCUCCCGUUUCUGGACCAUGAGUUGGCGGAGUACGUCAACGGGCUCCCGCCGAGCGUCAAGAUGAGCUAUAAGCACGAGAAUGCUGUAGGCUCCAACGACGACGAGAACCAGAAGAAGAAGAAAGUCGCGCCUCAGAGCUUGUUCUGGGAGAGCAUGGCUGCUGUUCGGGACCGGAUCAUUGACAAGAAGAUCCUGCGGGAGGCGGGGCGACCUUUCAUCACGGACGAGAUUUAUAACCGCAAGAAGCACCCGUACUCGUCACCGUGGAAACGGCCCGUUGGGGGACCUAUACAGCGAAUGUUUCGGGGUUUGCUAACGAAAGAGGCGGUUGACCGCCUCGGUUUCGUUGACUUCGGGAUCGUCUCAGAGUGUCUUGAGACUGCAUUUGGUGAUGAGGGCGAUCCCGCAGCGUUCAGGAAGAUACUCGUCAUCGGUGCUUGGGUUGUUUUGAGUCAGAGGCUUGGUGUCAAACCAGCCGCGUCUUACAUAUAG